AUGUUUAUUAUUGCAAUUGGUGAUGUACACGUUCCACACAGAUCUUAUGGUAUUCCACCAGAGUUCAAAAAACUUUUAGUUCCAGAGAAAAUUCAACACAUUCUUUGUACAGGUAAUUUAGUUUCAAAAGAAAUUCAUGAUUAUUUCAAAGUUUUAACAAGUGAUGUUCAUAUUGUUAGAGGUGAUUUAGACGAGAACACUUCUUAUCCAGAUACUAAAAUCGUUUCAAUUGGACAAUUUAAAUUUGGUCUUUGUCAUGGUCACCAAAUUGUACCUUGGGGUGAUAGAGCAUCUUUAGCUGCUCUUCAAAGACAAUUAGAUGUUGAUGUUCUUAUUAGUGGUCAUACUCAUGUACUCGAAGUUUUUGAAUCAAAUGGUAAACUUUUUGUUAAUCCAGGUUCUGCAACUGGUGCUUUUAGUAAUAUUUCAAAUGAUGUCAUCCCAUCUUUUGUUUUAAUGGAUGUACAAAGUAAUAAUAUUACAGUUUAUAUCUACAAGUUAAUCGAUGGUCAAGUUAAAGUUGAAAAGAUUGAUCAUGUCAAACAACAAUAA